GCCGUGCUGUCCCAGAGUCCCAUUCAUAAUUCGCCGUGAUACGCCCCGUGAUUCCAUGUUUCAGCUGGUAGCGCCCGCCCAGGCCUCACACCUGGUUUGUUCCAGAGCAGGGAAAUUAAUUGCGCUGCCGUCUUUCUACAAGCACAUAUCACUGCGCCUCGCUACUCAACUUGACAACGGCGCCAGCGAAUCGUUCUGCUGUUUUUGUCGGCAUUGUUUGUGAAGCCAUUCAUUACAAUCGACUCUUUAUUGCCCAAGACAUCUCAUUGUCUUGUAUCCAUCAUGUCUUCGUGGCUCAAUACCACCGCGACAUUACAAAAUGUAACAACUCUGCCUCCAGAGGUUUCACCUGCCAGAGCCCUGGAAAUCAUACAGAAUCACAAAAUUCACAUGCAAUGCGACCCUCACAUGGUCAAGUUCGAGUCCAUCCCUCAGCCAUCAAAGGUUGUGACUCCCGCUGUUCCAACGGACCGAGGAAUUGUCGCUGUAGCGGAGCCUGCGUAUUACUCGGUGACAGACAAGGUGCACACGCUGCCUGCGGGCCUUUGGGAUUCCAAUGUUGAGAGUAUAAAUGAAUUUGUGACCCUGGAAAAGGGUGUUUUUGUGAGGCUCUACAGCCCACUCAACGUGGUGAUGGAGACGGUCUGGACUGUGAAAGAAAACGGUAAUGGCGGGGUAGAUCUGAUCGAGGACGUGCUGAUAAAAGCGUCCCGACUGCUGGUUGGCACGAUAAAGAAUAUGUGCAAUACUAACUGGAGAACCUUUCAUGGCAAGAUAGUGGAUAUGAUGAAGGAGACGGCGUCAUAAUCCGGGGAUAGACAAGGGGGUAUAUCACUUAGAAGAAUAGAUAUUUGGCAUCGACUGAGAGUAGCGGUAGAACUAGGUGAUAUGACUGUCUUUUCCCGCUUACUUACUUGGAGAUGGAUAUACGUGGCAGUGAAGGCCAUGAUGCUGAUAGUCGAG